CCAACCCAAACCCAAACCCAAACCCAAACCCAAACCCAAACCCAAACCCAAACCCAAACCCAAACCCAAACCCAAACCCAAACCCAAACCCAAACCCAAACCCAAAAACCCAAACCCAAACCCAAACCCAAACCUUAAACCCAAACCCAAACCCAAACCCAAACCCAAACCCAAACCCAAACCCAAACCCAAACCCAAACCCAAACCCAAACCCAAACCCAAACCCAAACCCAAACCCAAACCCAAACCCAAACCCAAACCCAAACCCAAACCCAAACCCAAACCCAAACCCAAACCCAAACCCAAACCCAAAACCCAAACCCAAACCCAAACCCAAACCCAAACCCAAACCCAAACCCAAACCCAAACCCAAACCCAAACCCAAACCCAAACCCAAACCCAAACCCAAACCCAAACCCAAACCCAAACCCAAACCCAAACCCAAACCCAAACCCAAACCCAAACCCAAACCCAAACCCAAACCCAAACCCAAACCCAAACCCAAACCCAAACCCAAACCCAAACCCAAACCCAAACCCAAACCCAAACCCAAACCCAAACCCAAACCCAAACCCAAACCCAAACCCAAACCCAAACCCAAACCCAAACCCAAACCCAAACCCAAACCCAAACCCAAACCCAAACCCAAACCCAAACCCAAACCCAAACCCAAACCCAAACCCAAACCCAAACCCAAACCCAAACCCAAACCCAAACCCAAACCCAAACCCAAACCCAAACCCAAACCCAAACCCAAACCCAAACCCAAACCCAAACCCAAACCCAAACCCAAACCCAAACCCAAACCCAAACCCAAACCCAAACCCAAACCCAAACCCAAACCCAAACCCAAACCCAAACCCAAACCCAAACCCAAACCCAAACCCAAACCCAAACCCAAACCCAAACCCAAACCCAAACCCAAACCCAAACCCAAACCCAAACCCAAACCCAAACCCAAACCCAAACCCAAACCCAAACCCAAACCCAAACCCAAACCCAAACCCAAACCCAAACCCAAACCCAAACCCAAACCCAAACCCAAACCCAAACCCAAACCCAAACCCAAACCCAAACCCAAACCCAAACCCAAACCCAAACCCAAACCCAAACCCAAACCCAAACCCAAACCCAAACCCAAACCCAAACCCAAACCCAAACCCAAACCCAAACCCAAACCCAAACCCAAACCCAAACCCAAACCCAAACCCAAACCCAAACCCAAACCCAAACCCAAACCCAAACCCAAACCCAAACCCAAACCCAAACCCAAACCCAAACCCAAACCCAAACCCAAACCCAAACCCAAACCCAAACCCAAACCCAAACCCAAACCCAAACCCAAACCCAAACCCAAACCCAAACCCAAACCCAAACCCAAACCCAAACCCAAACCCAAACCCAAACCCAAACCCAAACCCAAACCCAAACCCAAACCCAAACCCAAACCCAAACCCAAACCCAAACCCAAACCCAAACCCAAACCCAAACCCAAACCCAAACCCAAACCCAAACCCAAACCCAAACCCAAACCCAAACCCAAACCCAAACCCAAACCCAAACCCAAACCCAAACCCAAACCCAAACCCAAAUGGUCAGAUGUUGAGAUUGAUAAAUCGAAGAAAAAUUGGAUCAAUAUCAAUCAAUCUGGUCACAAAACUGACUUUUUCUUCAAUGAUCGACCUCAUCCAAUCGAUCCAGUGAUCAGUGCAAAUAGUUUUUGUCCUGUUCAAAUUCUUAAGACCUAUAUGAACCUUGUUAAGGAAUUUAAAUAUCCUGAUUCACCUCUAUUCUCUUUUCGAGAUAAUCAAUUCCUUACAACCACACAAAUUUCAGAAUUAAUACGAAAUGUAAUUAGAUUAGUGGAUAGCAAAACAAAAGUCUCCGGACAUAGCUUACGUAUAGGUGCUUCUACCGAAAUUUCCUCGAAUGGAAUGUCUAUUGAAGUCAACAAGAUUAUGGGUCGAUGGGCGUCAGAUAAGUCAGUACUUAGAUAUUCUCGCCGAAUUGGUUUUGCAGAAAUCAACUUCUCCACCAAACUCUUCAAUACUCGGAACUAA